AUGCCAGGAUUAGUAGGAGAGAUACUGGGGGACUAUGGGACCAUACUACAGAAAAUAGGUCUUUUCCUGAGAAAAAGAAAUGGAAGCACGAUGGAAUACAUAACUCAGGGCACAUCUCUAGCAUAUUCCCAGGUGAUUCACGGCCUUUCUCUGAUGAUACAGCGCAGGCUUGUAAAGUACUUUCAAUAUGAAAAGAAAGUCCACUAUGUACUUGAUACAGACAUGGCAUAUAGAAGGAUGUAUUUCGGGACUUAUUGCAGUCUCGUUGAGGAUUUGUUUGGAGAAGAGGUUGCCGAAGGGUUUAUGAAGAUAUUGGUGAAUGGAUUUACCAAGGUGAAUAUCUCUUUGGAAAAAAAAGUCGAGGAACUUGUCAGUGCAGGAGUGAUUAUCUCUAUAAGUAUGAAGGAGGCAGGCAUAUUAGUUGCAGAAUCAAAAAACCUAGGAGAGCACAUGACAAGAGACAGACAAGAUAAAGUGAACGAAGAGGUGCACAGGAAGAGCAGGAAAACCGUAGAAAGGGCAAGAUUUCAUGUCAUUGACUUUGAUGCCUUGCAUGCCAUGAUGAUAAACAAUAGACUUCUAGCUCUUGUUAAGAAAAGGUAUCUAUCAAAGGCUGAAAGGAUUUAUAAGUCGAUUCUCGGACGUAACUUGGUAACUGUGGAUGCUAUAAUAGAAAGCCUCGAGGAUGAGGCGGACAUCACCAGAGGAGAUGUUGUCUCAUGCAUCAAAUACUUUAACAAUUGUGGGCUUGUCAGGAAAAGUAUGGAUUGUACAGAAACCUAUUUUAAGGAUGAAGACGACAUAAGAAAGAUUCUUGUUGUCGACACAUUAAACAGGAUUCUGUCUGAAAACAGCAAAGAAGCACGAAGGAUUUUCAACAUGAUGCUAGAAUACAAAUCACUAGAAGACAAGGACAUUGUAAUCAAGUCGCUUGUUCCUUCUCAUAUUGUCAAGAAAGCAGUUCUUAUGCUUCAUUCAAACGGAUUUAUGGUGUUAAAGCAUACGGGAGCUGGAGAGUCGAGGCCGGUACUUGAAUGGCAAGUGGAUAUUGAUCGUGUAUCAAGGAUUGUCAGCGAAGAAAUCAAGCGAGUACUAGAGGAAUCCUGGACACUGAUAAACCAAAGAUGGGGAUAUAUUGGAAGCAACGGGGAUGGCGAGGAUGGAGGGAGAAAAGAGCUCGAGCGGAUGCUGGGCUUGUCGUUAGAUUUUUUUGUUCUUGGGAUCCGAAAUAUAAGCUUCAAAUCCGAGAUAUUUUGA